GGGGGAACUUCUUUACUCAGAGAGUGGUAGCGGUGUGGAAUGAGUUUCCAGUGGAAGUGGUGGAGGCAGGUUCAUUGGUAUCAUUUAAAAAUAAAUUGGAUUGGCAUAUGGAUGAGAAGGGAAUGGAGGGUUAUGGUAUGAGUGCAGGCAGGUGGGACUAAGGGGAAAAAAAUUUGUUCGGCACGGACUUGUAGGGCCGAGAUGGCCUGUUUCCGUGCUGUAAUUGUUAUAUGGUUAUACGGUUAUAUGGUUUCAACAGAGUGCCAAAUGGUUCACUUGUUUAAAUGCUGCCUUGGUGUGAAGGACAGUCACUCUCAAUUUGACUUUGGGACUCAGCUCUUUGUUUCAUAUUUGGACCGAGAGUGAGAUGAGGUCUGGCACUGAGUGGUCCUGGUAAAACCCAGCCUGGGCAACAUUGAGUAGACUAUUGGUGAGUAAGUGUGACCUGGCAGCACUAUCAAUGACAGAUUGCAUCACUUUGCUGAAGACAAGAGCGGGCUGAUUGGCCAGCAUUAAAUUGCAUUGAAUUGAAUACUUUAUUGUCACAUGUGACAAGUCACAGUGGAAUUUUUUGCUUGCAUACCCAAGGUGUGCAAUAGUCGGCAUGCAAAGGGUGUUGUCAAAGUUACAAAGUACCCCGUGCCAGGUACACUCUUGUUCUCCCUCCCCUCCCUCACGGCAGUUCCCUCCUUUGUUCUCCAAUAAGCCAAAUUGGAUUGUUCCAGCCUUUUGUGAACAAGAUACAUCUAGGCAAUUUUCUACACUGUCUGGUAGUUGCCAGAUAUAUAACUGCCCUGGAACCACUCGGAAUAAAAGUGCAGCUAGUUCUGGGGAGCAUGUUUUCAGUACUACAGAUUAGAUUUUGUCUGGUCUCAUAGUCCUUGUUGUAUCCAACAUUUCUGCUUUUUUCCCCCAAUAUUCUUGUGAUAUUCAUGUGAAGAGCUGACAAAUAUUCAUAAUCUGCAAACAGGUUGCUAGUAUGAAGCAAUGGUAGAGAUGUUUAACUGGGUUGAAGUUGUGGAGACUAGCAAACUCAGGAGAUUAGUAAUCCCUGGAGACUAGCAAACUCUGGAGAUGAGUAACAAGUUCUGGAGAUUGGUAACGCAUUGUGUGGUGCAUGUCAGUAUUAUGGUGUAAAUCCAUUCAACAGGUUUUCGGUUGAUCAUCUCAACACUUAGUCUUAGAUAUAUUUACAUAUUUCCAAUUGGAGCCAGCAAGUUUACAACGCAUAAUGUUCUGAGGGAAUGCUGCACUUGGGACUAUUUUACUUUUACUGCUGUUGAAGUACAUCUCAAUAUUGGAUUUCAGUUAAGAACUAGAAAGAAUGUUUGGUCUGAUUCAUAUUUUGGUGGGAAGCCACGUUAACAAUGAUUGAUGUGUAGGAAGGAACUGCAGAUGCUUGUUUAAACCGAGAAAGACACAGUAUGCUAAAGAACAGUCUGGACCCGAAAUGUCACCUAUUCCUUUUCUCCAGACAUUCUGUCCGACCCACUGAGUUAACAGUGGUUGAUCGCUGGUUCAAAGUAUCUGAUAGUCAACAACAAGUAUAAUUUUUAUAAAUAAUAAUUUUGUACAAAAUCUUUUGUUCAUAUUGAUUAUAUUUUGAUAUAUCCCAUCUGCACACGCACUUCAGGACUGGUGGAUUUAAUGAAGAUUUUAUUUUCUUGGGCGGUAAAAAGACAGAACAAACUAGCUUUUAACAGAAGCAGAUUUCUGAACAUACAUUAAUUUGGAGCAAGAUUCAUUUAUUUUAGUUUAAGCACAAUGUGCACUGGCAGAUGUAUUUAACUGCCCUUAUGAUCUGUGUCACUCUUUUUGAUCAUUAAAUAUCACCAACAUUUGAUCUUAAAUAAUAGUCUGCCAGAACCUAUAAGUUUCCCAUUUCUUUUCAAUAAACAUUGAGGAAAAACAUUAAUCCUUUUCAGAAGGCCCAUUUUAUAUACAAUGUGAAGGAAUUUUAUUUCACCAUUCAUAAUGCAAAAUACUCCAGGGAAUAUAUGCCAGGAACUGGUAGGGUUGAUUUUUACCAUCUGGGAUUUGCAGAAUCCAUGUUUCAAUGAAGAAGAGGGUGUUUUAAAAAUGUAGUUUUAUGUUCAGGGGUAGCCAUUGUUAGGCUCCUCUCACUGCAUUCAAAAGGGGGUGGUGCUUAGUUACAACUGUGUCUGCAGUGACGGAAUAUAGUGCAGAGGAGUAAAGGCAGCAGGAUUCCACACUGAAUUCAGCACUGUGUCUGCGAGAGUGUCUGUGCAUGCGUGUAUUUUUAAUUUGUUCCUUUGAAUUCUAAUCUUCAACAAACAUGGGGAAGAAAUCCAAAAAAGGAUGUGAUUUUAAAGCUGUUUUGAGGAAGAACUGGUUGCUCAUGAGUACAAUUCUCGCUGUAGUGUUAGGUAUAGUGACGGGACUUCUGGUACGGCAGCAUGCCGUAUUAUCAAGCCUGGACAAGUUCUACUUCGGGUUUCCUGGAGAGAUCCUGAUGAGAAUGCUGAAGCUGAUUAUUUUGCCUUUAAUUGUUUCCAGUAUGAUUACAGGAGUUGCUGCUUUGGAUUCAGACGUCUCAGGGAAGGUCGGAGCACGGGCAGUGGUGUAUUAUUUUUCAACUACCAUCAUUGCUGUGAUUCUAGGAAUUGUGUUGGUCAUGGCCAUCAAACCUGGCAUGUCUCAAAAUGCUGAAGAAAUUGACAGGAGUGGAAGUACCCCGGAAGUCACCACUGUAGAUGCCUUGCUUGAUCUCCUUAGGAAUGCAUUCCCAGAAAACCUGGUCCAGGCCAGCUUUCAACAGUAUAAAAGCAAGAGACAGGAAAUUGAACCUGUAAACAAUGUCAGCGUUACCACUGGGGUAACAGUUACUGUUAUAAUGACCACUCUGAUGAAUGAGAAUAAAACCAAGGACUACAAGGUGGUUGGCAUGUACUCUGAUGGAAUCAAUGUGCUGGGGCUUAUUGUCUUCUGCCUCGUGUUUGGGAUUGUCAUAGGACAAAUGGGAGAAAAAGGAAAAAUUCUGCUGGACUUUUUUGAUGCAUUGAAUGAAGCCACCAUGAGAAUAGUGCAGAUCAUCAUGUGGUAUAUGCCAAUUGGCAUUUUAUUCCUGAUUGCUGCAAAAGUAAUGGAAGUGGAUGACUGGGAAAUUUUCCGCAGACUUGGACUUUACAUGGCCACAGUGCUGAGUGGAUUAGCCAUCCAUGGAAUAAUCAUCCUACCCAUGAUCUAUUUUAUUGUGGUACGGAAAAAUCCCUUCACAUUUAUUGGAGGGAUGGCUGAGGCAUUACUGACUUCUGUGAUGAUUUCAUCCAGCUCCGCAACUUUGCCAGUGACUUUCCGAUGUGCCGAGGAGAAGAAUAAAGUGGACAAAAGGAUCACCAGAUUUGUGCUGCCAGUGGGAGCCACGAUAAACAUGGAUGGAACAGCUCUGUAUGAAGCAGUUGCUGCCAUAUUUAUUGCUCAGCUGAAUGACUACCCAUUGGAUGCAGGACAGAUCAUCACCAUCAGUAUUACAGCGACGGCAGCCAGCAUUGGAGCAGCGGGGGUCCCUCAGGCUGGAAUGGUUACCAUGGUGAUUGUUCUCACUGCUGUUGGAUUGCCUGCUAACGAUGUCACACUCAUCAUCGCUGUGGACUGGCUGCUGGAUCGGUUUCGAACAAUGGUGAAUGUACUUGGAGAUUCUUUUGGAGCCGGAAUUGUGGAGAAGCUGUCUCAAAGGGAACUCCAACAGAUGGAUCUGUCAAGUGGUAUUGACAUAGUGAAUCCCUUUGCUUUGGAAACAGCUAAUUCAGAGAAAGAAGAAAUGAAGAUAAAAGAAGCGUAUGUCAAUGGGGCAUUUGAUAUCGAUAAAUCAGACGCUGUAGCUGUCACAGAAACAUCCCAAUUUUGACUGAAUAAGAAUGACAAUUUGUGAUUGUGACAUCACACAACACUGGCAAAACUGUAAAUCUGAAUGAAUUCAUGAAUUUUAUCCUACCAACAAUAAUAUGUUAAGAUUAGCAUUUGAAAGUGUAAUAUAUACUGACUAUUGAACACUGAUAAUCAAACGCAAAUUAUUUCUCCAUCAGCUUGCAAUCAAAAUAUGUUAGUGCUCCAGUCUAAAUGCAUGGAGUGAGAUACAAAACAAUAACUAUUGCAAGUCAGUUGAUUUUGGAAUCAACUGAUUUAAGAAUGGGUAAUAACUACUUAAUGAAAUUUAAAAAAUGUUUUUUAAAAACAAACAAUAGAUUGCAAGAAUUAAUAUUGGGCAAUAAUUGUAAUUCUUGGUUCAGGUAAGAAUUUAUAACCAUGUGCAUUAGCUGAUCAUAAUUGUCUCAACCUUCAAUUAACUGCAUUAACCAUUCCAAUGAGCCAUUCCAUUCCAUUCAAUGUUCUAAAUGAUGUUUCAAAGGAUACAUAAUCUACAUUUAACGUUUGAGAUAACAAUGAUUGUGUUAUUACAUGUGUAGUGUAAUCUGUCUGAAAUCAGACUUAAGUUAAUAAGCAUGCAAUUCUUAAUUUGGUGAGCCAAGAUGAAAAUUCUAGGAUGUGGCUGAUAAACCAAAAUGGCUCAACUUGCAUUGGGUCUGCAAAAUGAUAUGACAUUACCUUGUAAUAUAUCAUGAAUUUCUGCAGGGCUUUUCUUGCAAUAUAAUUUGAUGGUGUAAUUUUGGUGGGAAAUCUGCAUAUCUAAACUACAUACAGUACAUAUGUAAAAUUAACUUCUGCUGAUGUUAUGAGAGCAGAAUGGGAGAUGGCUUAAGGAAAUAUAUCCCAACUGUGUUGGCUCCAGUGUAAACUAAGAAUUUCAGCAUUAUCCAGUUCAUUUGCAAGAGCAUCAUUUAUCAAAGAUGACAUGCACAGAUACCAAUGCCUACUUGAAUUAGGCCUUGCUAAUAUUCUAAAUGUACAUUGGCAGUAGGUGCAUAAAGAUCUAAUUAAAAUGUCAUAUGACCUGAUUAUAUUAGCUACAUUCAAUGGUGGCACUGUCAAUUUUCAAAACAUAGAACACCACUGAACAUAUAUUGGGCAAUAAUUGUAAAAAUGCAGGGUAAAUACUAAUGCCACAGCUGCUUCAAGUUGAUUAAAAGUUAGGAAAAUAAAUGUACUCUAUUAUUGCUAAAUGAGUGAAUGCGUUGACUUUAGGUUGCACUCAUCUGCUAACAUCUAUUAUCAUUGACUUUUUUGGUAUUGAAUGUCCAGCAGUGGCUGUUGCGCUUGGAACUAUUUAGCUCCAGUGACUGAUGAUUAAUUUUCUUUCCAGCAUAAUCUUUCCAAUGUAACCAAGCCAAUGUUACCUAAUGUACAUCUCCUAUUGAUAUGAUGCUUGUACUCCGAGUAACAUUGUGUGCCUAUUAUUUAUUCUGAAUCUUGUAUUAGCAUUCAGUUACCCAAGGACAGCUUUAACCAGUGUCAUUAUAAACAAAUGUAACUUUUACUUCUAUCUCCAACAUUUGAAGACAUCGAUCUUGAUAUUACUCAAUUUAAUUGGCAGGAGAAGCUAGGAAAAAUGGGAAUCUGGAUAUGAGUGCAUAGAAAAAAACACUAUGAGUAUUCAGUUUUUUUUUACUUCUUCAACCUAUACAGUAGGUAAUAGACAGCAUCUGUGGAGAGGGAAACAGAGGCAAGGUUUCAAGUCAAUGGUUUUUCAGCAAACAUUAGGGAUGUUUCAGCAAAUGCUUGUUGCCCCUUUGUGUCUGUAGGGUGCCAACUGUAAUUUGAUCAGUGUAAGCAUGCAAACUAAAAUUUAGUACAACUCAAACUUUAUUAAUACUCAGAUCACUUAAAGUGUAAGGGAAUUCAAUUAACCCUUAUUGCUCUCAAUGACCUUGCAUUUUAUUCACUGUUAUUGCUUGCUAUUCUUUACAUUGCAUCAUAAAUCCCGGGCACCGUUCGAAUACAAUGAACUGGCCAGACUCACUCUGCUGGGUGUUAGUCUGCACUGAGUUCAGAAUUUGGUUCUUAUUUUGGCGGCUAUUCUUCCUGGAUUGUUGCUGAUAAUGUACUCAUUUUAAAAAAAAUAUAUGGUUUGACACUAAUCUUUCAGAACAUUGAGCUCCUCAAACAUCAGCUGAGCCAUUCAGGCACGAAGGAGUGUAGAAAUGAUUGUUCCUCAAGGUUUUCUGCAAGUCUUCCAUGUAGGUAAUUUAUUGAUUUAAGCUAGACCUCUGGUUACUAUGGUAACAAUUAGCUAUAUUUUGGCUGCUGUUGAAGCCUUGGUUGCCAGUGGAGCUGUUUCUUAUCUGACCACAGCCAAAUGUUCAUUGAGUUGCUGUUAUCGAUUACUACUCUUCUGAAACCAUUGGUCACAGUAUAGCCGCAAAAUUCCCCACUGGGAUUAAUGAGACCGAGGGACUGAUACUUUGCAACUCCAUUGCCUUUCGUGAAAGUCUCGUUCCAAUGUGUACUUGUAGUUUGAUUGCGUAAGAUGUUUUCUCAAAAAGUUUCUAAUUCAUAAUUCUGUGAUCAACCAAUCAAAAUUGGAGAACACUCUUACAAUUAAGCGGUUAACAAUUUCCUGAGCAUUUUCAAAGAACUUUGCAGACUAUUAACUAUCCUUGAGUGUGGCUUGUUUAAAAGGAAGCACUCUUCUUUUCUGGCAUGGUUGUUUGUAACCCUUUGCAAGCCAGCUUUGUAUUGUUCUGCUUCACGUCUCACAAUAACCUGUUGUUCGUAUAAAGUUGGCUGCUUUUCCCAUCUUGCUUCGUAGAGGUUUAGCUGCUAGCCUUGGGGCUGAGAACUGAUGUAGGGAAAAGAAAGGAGAAUGAAUGGGUGGGGUGAUAGGGGGUAACCAAAUAAGUCCUGUUUGUAAUAUAAGAAAAUAAUGCCAAAAAAUGUUCAGCAUGUCAGUCAGCAACUGUGGGAAAAAGAAAUGGUUAAUGUGUCAGGCAUGGUCUGAAAAAAGGGUCGCGACUCAAAGUGUCACCUAUUCCUUUUCUCCAGUGAUGCUGCCUGACCCGUUGAGUUACACCAGCAAUUUUUCUAUCUUCAGUUAACAUGUCAAGUACGUGAAACAUCAACAGUUUCUAUUUUUCAAGAUGCUGCCUGACCUCCAGAGUAUUUUCUGUUAUUUGCUCAGAUUUCUAGCAAUAGCAGUUUUUGUGUUUGGAUGUUCAGUGCCAUUUGGUGUCCUGAAAAGCAGGGAAAGAUUAAAUGACAAAAGGAGUGAUGAUGGAGGUCAAAGACUGUUGGUGUCAGGACUGGUACGAAACAAAGUAAAGGGACAGAGUUACUGUAAAGGACAAGAGAAGGAUCAUAAUUAAACUGUUUGGGGAAAAAAAUGGAUGUGGUAGAUAUGAACUGAAAUUAUUGAAUUUGUCUGUAAAUUGGCUAAUUCGAAAAUGAGAAACUGUUCCUCAAACUUCCAUUGAGCCUAAGUCAGCAGGAUAUGGACACAAAGAAUGGGCACAGUAAUUAGGUAUGAAAAAUUACUUAAUAGUGGCACACUGGCACAGAGGUAGAGUUGUUGCCUUCCAGCGCCAGAGGCCCAGGUUCGAACCUGACAACAGGUGCUGUCUGUAUAGAGUUUGUGUGUUCUCCCCGUGGCCAUGUGGAUUUUCUCUGGGUGCUCUAGUUUCCUCCCACACUCCAAAGACAUACAGGUUUGGCGGUUAAUUAGCUUUGAUAAAAAUUGUAAAUUGUCCCUAGUGUGUGGGAUGGUGCUAGUGGACAGAGAUUGCUGGUUGGCAUGGACUCGGUGUGCCGAUGGGCCUGUUUCGCGUAGUGUCUCUAAAUUAAGCUAAAAACGAAUUGCAAUUGCAGGGUAACCAAUGCUUGGAGAUUGAGUGAGGAUAUUCAGUAAACCUAUCAUUCAGUCUGCAUUUGGUCACCCUACCACAGAGGAAACUACAUCUUGUGCGGAGAACAACUCUCCGUGCAACCGCAUGUGUUUUCUCUGGGUGCUCCAAUUUCCUUCCACAUUCCAAAGACAUGCAGGUUUGUAGGUUAGUUGGCUUCUGUAAAAUUGCCCCUAGUGUGUAGGAUAGAACUAGUGUAUGGGUGAUCGCUGAUCAGCACUGACUCAGUAGGCUGAAAGGCCUAUUUUCAUGCUGUAUCACUAAACUGAACUGAACAUUGGCCCCUCGAGAAUGGGGAAGAUCUGAGGGUUUCCUGGCUGCACUACACCACUGAAUUUCAUGUUUUGACUCCAACAGUGGGGCAGAACGUUGCUGGGAUUCUCCAUCACUAAAUACGGGGGGGAUCUGUUCGCAGAUCCUGCAUCAAUGUAGAUGCGGUGACACAAGGAACUGCAGAUACUGGUUUACAAAAAAACAACAUAAAGUGCUGGAAUAACUCAGCAGGUCAGGCAGCAUUUCUAGAGGACAUGGAUAGUUUUGGAUUGUGAGCCUUCUUCUAACUGAUUGUAGGUGCAUGGCUUUGGAACCCCUUCAUUGGAAUAACUAUUGAAUGACUACUUGAAAGGAAUUUGUGCCAUAUUAAAUUAACUAUUUGUGUUUGCAUUAAUGUUUUCUGCUAUGUAGGUGUUUGUUAAAUGUUUUGGGGAGAUUGUUUAUUUUUAUUAAAAAAAAAGCCCAUUAAAAUGUCUCAUUUCAUUUAAAAAAAUAUGUGGCGGCUUGUCAGAGAUGUUCAGAAGUAUUAGAGUCCUGACAGUUUUGAGAGAUAGCAAAGAUGGUAGUAGGGCUUUGCUAUCAAUCUAAGAAACGGCCUGUUCUGACAUGGCACUAUGACCUGAUUAAAUUGUUUGAGGCUCAUGUAUCUCACAGGGCUAGCCCACGUGGCUCCAGGACCUUCUCAAUAAGCAAGAUGAGGUGGUAAGUUUGGGUUGUGGGGAAUUGGAGCACUAAGUCUAAUAUGUUGCUGGUCCCAUCCAGUAACAUGUCAACCAUCAACUCUGAUUUUCUUCCGCAAACCACGUGACCUACUGAAAAUUUUGAACAUAUUCUGUUUUUUAUGCCAGAUUCACAGCUUGCUUUUAUCCUUUUGACUUCAAGUUUAUUGUUCACAUUCCUUUAAGUUAUCUCGUACUCUUUCCUCACAUCCUCUGCAAUUUGCAUUUGAGUUUUUUGUUUACUCACCGUUUGGAAUACAUUGAUGUUCUUACUUCGGACUGGAAUAUAUUGCUUCAUAUUUCACUUUGUAACCAGCAAAACAAUUGCUUUAUAGAAUCGCCCUGAGCACAUUACAACAUACCAUGUUCAUUCAUUGUCUAUUGCUAGUUAAUGAAUCAGA